AACUGGACCUGCUCGAAAGCGCGUCGCGGUCUUCUACUUCUCGACAGCAUCCGCAUUUACUGUUGUUGAUACUGACUCUACAUUAUAUAACGCUGAACGUUGUCGUUGGGGUGCUGUUCAGUUCAUGAUCGGAUCCCUUCCUUUCGAGUGAACACUAUCUCGCCUUAUAAUCAAGCGCAUCACUAGAAUCUCGCGAUCCCGCCUUAUUUAUCACAACAAUGAGUGACUCACGCUACUCUUACGACGAGAAUGCCGAAGCUUGGCCAUAUUUCGCCAUGACACUACUGUCGUUGGUGUUGGUGCCGACAACAUUCAAGAGACUGACGAAGAUUGCGCGCUCGCCAAAAGAGUCGGUCUCAUCUGGCCUCGAGAGCCAAUACAAACCCCCCAGCUACGAUAUAAUCUCGAAAUCUCGGAGAAAGAGUAAACAGGGGAAGAUACUCACUGUAACAAAUGUGUUGUUACUCCUCGGAUGGGUGAUCUUCUUCGCCGUCUUAUACUUUGUCCAUUCGCAGGAAUCUACAGAGGAGGUUCAAUUAUUUGAUCCGUACGAAAUUUUGGGGAUCGCUUACUCCGCGACUGAGAAAGAGGUCAAGAGCAAGUACAGAAAGCUAUCAUUGAAGUUCCACCCUGAUAAGAUUGGCCGAAACCUGGGGAACAACACCAGGGAAGAACUGGAGGCGCAGUAUGUCGAUAUGACAAAGGCAUACAAGGCAUUGACUGAUGAAGUGACUCGGAAAAACUAUCUCGAGUACGGUCAUCCCGACGGUCCCCAGCCAACGAAGCAGGGCGUUGCUCUGCCGAAAUGGCUUGUUGAUGAGAAGGGUUCGCCAUUGGUUAUCUUGUCCUAUGCUUUGCUGGUCGGAGUUGCCCUCCCAUUUGUUGUGUGGUACUGGUGGAGUGGAACCAAGCAGUACACCAAAAACGGCUUGCAUACCGUCACCGCCGCUGAUAUUUUUGAAAAAUUUGCAAAGACUGAGUUCGACAACAUCACGGAUGACGUUUUGUUGGAUCUUCUCGCCAACGCUGAAGAGUUCAAGGUCCUGUACCCCGGAAUGACCCCUGAGGAAGUUCGUAAUCAUCUGGAGAGCUACUUGAAUAGAGAGGAGGAAAAGCUGGAGGAUGAAGUCAAGAAGCUUGGAAUCGUCGCCAGAUCGAAGACGAUCCUGGACGGAAUGCUUGAUAUCGCCUCUUCGUUCAAGAAUGUCGACUUGAUCAAGCGAAUUCUGCUGCUUUCCCAGCUGUUCACUCAGGCUUUGCCACCCGGUGCGAAUGAAUUGCUCCAGCUUCCAUUUAUCGACAAAGCAAAGGCAGAGUCUUUGGAGAUCAAGACUAUCAAGGAAUUGGUUGCUGUGUCUGAUGAUGAGCAGAAGAAGACGCUUGGAAUCAAGAGUGUCGAGGACUUUAAGAUUCUGAAAUCUUUUGAAUCGCAGAUUCCGCAAAUCGAAAUUCUCAAGGCGUUUUUCAAAGUUCCCGGAGAGCAGGUUGUCAUGCCAGGUUCCCUGGCUCAUCUGGUCAUAAAGUACAGAGUUUCCUAUCCUGGCACCAAGCUGCCUGCUGUUGAUCCCAAGGAUUUGGAGGAAGAAGAUGACGCGGAAACUCUCAAGAAGCCGCUCUCUACGAACAACAAGGCGCCUCUUCUUGAGUCCAUAUACGCUCCGUAUCUCCCUGUUUACAUUCAGCCCAGGUGGAAUGUGCUCUUGAUCAAUCCCCGUGAAAACAAGAUCGUGGAGCCGCCGACUGCCAUCACGCGUGCGUACACCGAUGGGAAAGUCAGCACUUUCAAGGUGCAGCUCUCAGCUCCACUUCCGGAUCAGCUCGGGAGGUUCAGACUUCUGAUCGAGCUGCGUUCAAACAGCUUCGUUGGCGCUGAUGCCAUGGAGAGCGUGUAUCUUGAGAUCUCGCCCCCACCUACUACUGAGGAAGAAAUCGAAGAUGAUAUCUCUGACCCUGACGAGGACUCUAUUGCGGGUGCAAUGGCUAUGAUGAAGGGUGGAAAGACAAAACGGAGGGCGAUCGAAGAUUCGGAUGAAGAUGCUGAUGAGAGCAGCGAGGAAGAGGAGGAUAGCGACACUGACAUCAACACCGAUACGGAGGAUGAGGGAGAUGCAUAGACAUAGUAGGCAGUAUCAUUAGUUUACUGUAUAAAAUUUCCAUCUGGUUUACUU